CUUUAAUCACUUAAUUAUGUCAGCCGUGUAUUUAUGUAAACAGACAUUAUAUACGUAUGUACUUUCGUACGUUUACACUUCGUGUAUAAAAGGUGCACACGACAUCCUCUGUCAAUAAAUUGAAUUUCUAACGUUUCGUUAUAUCAACGUAAUGUUGUAUCGUCCGCGGUUGGAAAACGGCAAGUUGAUUCCACUUUCUUGGCCCGUAGCUGCCUAUCGACUCUUGAAUCAUGUAUGCUGGCCACUGCAAGAUGACGCAAGCUGGCUGCAGCGUCUGUUCGAUCGAUUCUUUUGGGCGUUCGGUUUCUUCAUAUUUAUGCAACACAACGAUGCUGAGCUGCGUUAUAUAAUUCGCAAUAAUAAUAAUCUGGAUGAGAUGCUAAUUUGUGGACCAACGUAUCUGAUUCUAGUUGAGAUUCACUUACGUGCCUUUCAGUUAGGCUUAAAGAAGGAGGCAUUCAAGCGUUUCUUGCAGAAUUUUUAUGCUGAAAUCUAUAUAGAUCAGUCAUCUCACUCCAAACUCUAUGCAAAUAUACAGAAACGUUUGCGUCCGAUUUGGUUUAAUUCCCUAUUAUAUUUUAGCACUCUAUCCUCUUACGUAAUAAUGCCGUUAAUUAAUUAUCUGAAUAAUGUCAAAGUACCGCUCUACAAAAUGUAUUAUCCGUUCGACAUCACGCCCAAUCCGAUUUACGUGGCCAUUGUGUUAUCAAACAUUUGGGUGGGAUUCACCGUGAUCACCAUGGUCUCUGGCGAGGACAACAUACUAUCCGAAGUGUUGCUACAUCUAAAUGGACGUUUCCUGCUACUGCAACAGAAACUGCGUCAAGAUGCUGAUCGUUUGUUGCAUAUAGUAGACGAAAGAAAUAUUGCUGAUGAACUUCGACGUCAGAUUAUCGAAGCUGUUGAAGAAAAUGUUCGCUUGUACAAAUUUGCUGAAGAUUUUGAGCGAGAAUUUUCCUUUCGUCUAUUUGUCAGUUUGUCCUUUAGUGCCGGGUUGCUAUGUGUACUGGGCUUUAAGGUGUAUACGAAUCCGAUGGCUAGUUUUGGGUUCAUAUUUUGGAUUUGCGCUAAAAUUAUGGAAAUGAUUUUGGUUGGCCAGUUAGGAUCGACGGUGAUUUACACAACUAACGAAAUGAGUUCUACUUUCUACGAAUGCAAUUGGGAGUUGGUUUUACUAAAGUCUGGAGAUACGAAAUCAAAUGUGCGUCUAAUGAAAACAUUGCUUUUAGCGAUCAGCACUAGUCAGAAACCAUUUGUUUUGACCGGUUUCAAAUAUUUUAGUAUCUCUUUGGCGGCUGUUUUGAAGAUAUUGCAGGGCGCAGGUUCAUAUUUUACGUUUCUAACAUCCAUGCGCAAAUGAAUGCGGUCCACAAUUAGUUAUUUAAGCAUAAUAAGAUAAAAGAGUAUAUCGUCGCCUAUAUUCAAUAUAAGGAAAAGAAAAUAUUUUAAACAAAAACAAAAAAAAUAAAGUGUGUUUGGAAUAUAAGAAGGGAACCAAUGUGUCUAUACGUAUGGACGUGAUUAAAGUUAUGUAGGCACGAUUGCUGUUGCGUCAAGGCCGAUAACAUAUGCCAUUCCGUACACACAUAAUUUGUGCUUAGCGUUCGUCAACAACAAAAUCCAUUGUAAAUACCACUUGCUUUGUGGCAAAUACUGCAAAUACCUGUGCAUACUAAACCAAAAUAAAUUCAAAUUCAGAUAGUUGUGGCGCAAAACUGCAACUCUCACUUAAAUGCCUAAUAAAUUUUAAAUAAUUACUGGC